AUGUGCGCUCUUAAGCAGCUCAGGAGAAGGAGCAAAAGGACGCUUUCAUCUUCAAGUGGGUUUUCCAUGUUGAAUUGCCAGGCAAACCUUUGCCAGUGUGAGAGCUCGCUGAAGAAUGAGACUUCAAAGUUCCAAGCCGUACACCACAGUUUCUGCAAGUUGAAAAGCUUCACAUCUGCAGGGUUUGAAAGGAGGAAGGAGAAGAUCAUGUUAUCUGAACAUGAGAAACAAAAUGCAGCAAAAAUUGCUAAACUGGACGAGUCCAUGAAGAAGACAAAGAAGGAUGAUAAGACCUUCAGCAUCCUGAGAGACUCUGGGUUCAUUUCUGGGAAACGCCUCAGACGAAGACUUCCCGCCCAAUGA